AUGGAUGAUUUUCAAUACUAUCACGAUUUAAUCCUUUCAUCUAAAUGCAAAAUGUGUGGUAAAGCGUUUACAUAUGCAAAUAAACCAACAUUGGAUAGAAUCGAUAAUGAAAAACCACAUACCAAAGAAAAUUGUCAGUUAAUGUGUUGUUAUUGCAAUGUCGUAAAAUCAAAUAAAGAUGAAGAUGUUCAACGUUUAAGAAUCAAUUUAAGAAAUUAUGCAUUAAAAAAUAAUUUACCAAUGACUUUAGAUUCAGUUGAAGCUUAUCACAUUCUCCGUAAUGGAAUUACUGGUGGUUUAUCAAAUGUUCAACAUAGAGUAAAUCUUAAAGGAAUCACGCACAUUAAUAAACUUGCAUAUAAUCCAGAAACUAAAACUGUAUCAAAUGAGGACACCACCAACAUUAUGACUCAUUUCGUUGGUGUUGA